GAAGCAAACUCCCCCCGAUCUCGAUCAUAACCAUUCCAAACAAACCAAAAACAAAAACAAAAAAACAUCCAUCCACCAUCACUACCUCCAACAAGAAAACACAGAACUCGGUCGACCGAUCGAAGUAAACAGAACAGGGUGUUGGACUCAAGCGGAAUACAGCUUCGAUGGCCGGCGCUCAAGUUCCACGAAAUUUCAGGUUGUUGGAAGAAUUAGAGAAGGGCGAAAAAGGACUCGGCGAUGGGACGUGUUCGUAUGGCUUAGCAGACGGAGACGACAUCACGAUGACCAAAUGGAACGGAACAAUCAUCGGCCCCAGCAAUAGCUUUCAUGAGAACAGGAUUUACGAUAUCAAGAUAACCUGUGGAGACUCGUAUCCAGAUUUCCCCCCGACGAUAUUCUUCUUGACGAAGAUCAAUCUGCCAUGUGUCAAUCAAACCACCGGAGAAGUUGAGCCGUCGAAGUUUCCAGUGCUAUCUGGAUGGAAGCGGAACUACACGCUCGAAACGGUGCUAGUCGAACUACGAAGGGAGAUGUUACGGGCGGGAAGGAAGUUGAUCCAGCCUCCAGAAGGGACGAUGUUUUGAACCCCGCCCCGGUGACCAACGUCGAGUGAUCUUGCUCCGACAGCCUCCCCUUUUCCCCUGCCCCAUCCUCGCUAGUAUCUCCAUCCAGACCACAUAACC